AUGGAGCGUGGUGGACCGGUGGAGGCGUUCAGGCUGCUGCUGGUUUGCUGUCUGGUUGUCGGGCCGGUGCUGGCCCAGGCCCGCCACCCUCUGCCUGCGCUGUGGGUAAUGCCCGUCAGCUCCGGGUUGGGGAAGGAGAACCUGACCGCCGCUGUGGCACCGGCUGUCAAACUGGCUCUGCAGGAUCUGCAGAGACAACCACCGCCGCUGGGAAACUACGAGAUCCAGCUCCAGCUGCUGGACUCACAGUGUGAUCCUGCUAAAUCACUCAAAGCUCUGUUUGAUGCCAUGUGGGCGGGACCAAAGUACCUGCUGGUGUUUGGAGGGGUGUGUCCAUCUGUGAUGGCGCUGAUUGCUCGCUCUCUGCCAGCUCUCAACCUGGUGCAGGUAUCUUUUGCGGCCUCGCCCCCUAACCUGUCCAACAGGAAGUGGUACAGAAACCUGUUCAGCACGGUGCCGUCGGACCGGGCUCUGAACCAGGCCACAGUGAAGCUGCUGCAGCGCUACAGGUGGAGCAGAGUCGGUAUCGUCACACAGGAAGGACCCAGACUCUCAGAGAUGAAGAAGGAUCUGAUCAGACAGCUGCUGAAGGCUGAAGUCCAGGUUGUUUCCACAGAAAGUCUCUCUGAAGACGUCUGCAGCAGCGUGAAGAAGCUGAAGGAAAGUGAUGUUCGGAUCAUCAUCGCACAGUUUAAAGAGGAUUCUGCCUCUGAAGUUUUCUGCUGUGCCUACAGGCUGAACCUGUUUGGACCUCGGUACCAGUGGAUCGUAAUUGACGGAGGAACGUCUGGAUGGAGGCUGGGGUGGCAGGGUUCUGGCUGUACGGCCGACAGUCUGCUGACGGCUGCAGACGGAUCCAUCCGGCUGCAGAUGAAACAGCUCAGCAGCACGAACACUCCGGGAGUCUCUGGACGGACUCCUCAGGACUACCAGGACUCCUACCUCAGACAGCUGAUCCAAGAGGGGUCAAAGGUCAGCGGCCUCCACACCUUCGCCUACGACGCUGUUUGGGUCGCUGCCAAAGCUCUCAGUCAGGUGAUGGAGGCUGUGAAACGCCGAGAUAAGUACAGCGUCCAGAGGAACAUCAGUGUCAGUGAGGAGGAGGUCCACAGGAUGCUGCUGGAGGCCGUGAAGCAGACGCAGUUUGAAGGAGUCACAGGUCCAGUUUCCUUUCGGAACGGAGACAGAAUGACGUCGAUGGAGCUGAUCCAGUUUCAAGGCAGCAGUGGUGUGUUGGUGGGAGACUUCAGUACUUCCACCCAACAGCUCCGACUGAUGAACCACCUGCUGAGGUUUAAAGGUCCAGGACCCCCCAGAGACCGGACUCUGGUCCUGGUACAGCAGCAGCACAUCGGCCUCCUUCUGUACAGCGUCGUAUCAUCAGCUGCGUCUGUGACCAUCAUCAUCGCUCUGACGGCCCUCCUCCUCACCGUCAUCAACCGUAUAUGGCUGCUGAAGUCAGGCAGUGGAUCCCAGGAUGAGCUGCUGCUGCUGGGCAUCCUGCUGUCCUCCUCCUCAGUCCUGAUGUCCGGCCUGGACGGAGCCUCGCUGUCCGACCAGACAUCUGAGGUCCUCUGUUCUGUGAGAAGUUGGUCUGUGGAGCUCUCAUCCGUGGGACACACUCUGGGCCUUCCUGUGCUGUUCACCAGAACAUGGAGGCUUCAUUCGCUCUGCAGCUUCACACAGAAGUCGUUCUUCUUCAGAGGGAUUCCUGCUGAUCAGGACGUUGUCAUCCGACUGCCUCUGAACGCCUGCAGCAGCGCCAACAUGGAGCUGUGGCUCAUCGAGCUAGGUCUCGGAUGUUUCGUGGCCUGGAACAUCAGGACCGCGCCGGCCGAUCAUCCCGCCAUCAGCAGUAAACACCUGACACUGAGUACGUUCGCUGUGACGGUGUUCAGUGUGGCAGGAGUGUCAGGAUCUCUGCUGACGUCCCACAAUCCUCCUGUUCAGUUCUGUGUGACCAGUGUCCUCAUCCUCUGCUGUAACAUCUGCACCCUGAGCUGGUUGUUCGGACCAAAGGUUUUGUUUCUGUGUCUGAACAGCAGCGAGCUGCAGGGUGAAGCUGCAGAGGGCGACGACGGACAAAACAAAGACGAGCAGCUGAGCAGGUUAAACCAGCAGCUGAAGAGUCAAACUGCACAGCUCGACGUAGAAAUAGAAACCAUCACCAUGCAACUCUCUGAGGAGUCAGCUACUGACCCGAAGCCUCACAUGAUGACAGAAAAAAACAACGCAGGGGAGGUCAGAUCUGUGACGUGGACUCAUGUGGUUCAGGUCUGCUCUGAGGACAGAAGCUCAGAUAGGAAACCUGCAAGUCCAGACAGCAUCAACUCUCCUGAACGUGUGCGGCGCCGGCUGUCCGUGCAGCUGCCCAUCCUCCAUCAUUCCUACCUGCCCGCCGUCGGUGGUGUCAGCGCCAGCAGCUCCAGUCUGUUCGGCAGCCGGGAGGCCUUCGAUCACGCCGAUGGAAACUUCCUGUACGACUGACGCCACAUUAUUGCUCAACCAAUCAGACGGCAGCUGUGACUGACUGUAUUUAUUUCUAUAGACGUAUAUGGAAAUAUAAACAGUGCACUUUGUGUUAUU